GGCCAAGCAGAAAGCUGAUGAGCUACACAAGGCAUUUGAGGAGGUCAGGAAGACCAAAGGAGAUCUCAGCGCUGCUGUGCCUGGGUCCGACAGAGAGGUCAAGAACAAGCUCAGGCUCAUAGGGGAGCCCAUCUGCCUCUUUGGGGAGGAUCCCGCUGAUAGAAGAGGUCGACUCAAGUUGCUCUUAUCCAAGGGCAAGUACCAGGAGCUCCUUAAGCCGGCAGCAGCAGCUGCAGCAAAAGAGGCCUCUAGAGGAGAUGAUAAAAGAGGCAAGGUUGAACAGGAGCUGUUCUUUACUAUUGGUAGUGAGAACCUUAUGGCUAAACGACGAAAGCUGUGGGAUAUUACUAGGCAGAAAUCAAAAAAGGUCCUUGAGGCUGAGAGGGAGGACUUCCAUAAGACGAUUGAUUACGACUACAACAGGCGUUUUACGGUUCUUGCUGAUGCGCUCAAGUCGGCCCACUCUAUUGAGGAGUUCACUGGAGCUGGCUCGGAUACCCGACCCUUGUCGUGUAUACGUCUAUCAAGGGCGACAAGGGGUGCUGAUCCUCAUGCACAGGCUCCGAGGGUUGCUGUGGCUAGCUGGAGUGGUUAUAUAGGGAUAUGGAGUGCGGAUGAAAAGAUGAAGCGACUGUAUACCCUGGGAUCUGAUGGGCAUGGGCACUCAGACAGGUG